UUUCGCGGCGAGCUGUAAGGCACGUUGUUGCUCUCCGGGUUCAGUGGGAUCUUCUAAAGACGUCUGUUUUAAAAGCUUCUUGUCACUAAAUAAAAUCAGUGAAAUUCUAUCAAGAUAGUCUGAUUUGUUCAUCAGAACACUUCCAAAAGCUACAUCCGUGCUUGUCAUGAUGAAAUUCUUAUUCUUCUUCAUUUCUUUCAACUGAUUUCAAUGCUUUUUGGGCAGAAAAUUACGAAAGGUAGAUUUUAUUGAUGUAAUCGAGAUAUCGAUUUAAGACAGUUGAGUUCAAAUGGAAUCCAUGAAACUGGGACUGGGUCGUCUCUCUGAUUAAAUAGAUUCUCCAAUUGAACUUUUUAUGUUCAAUUCAGUAGCUCUUGAUGUUACGUCACAGAAGACUCUCCAACCUCGCUCACUAAAGGAGAACAUAGGUGUGUUUCUAUAGCUCGGUAACAGGAGAUCUGGUGAACUGAGGACACAAAGCUCCACUUGGGUAAUCCUUCAAAUUCCUAUACAAGAUCCGAUCAAACAUCUCAAUGGGAGUGAGAUCAAGGCAUCUGGGCAUAGCUAAAGCACUAGCGAUGCAAAAGUUCAAGUUAAAACAGACAAUGUAUUCUAGAAACGAGAAGCGCCAUUCUGUUUUCGUUGGUUGCUAACUUAUUGUGAAAGAGAAUUUUCCUACAAUGAUACUAUGGUUUUAUGGGAGGUAAUUUGGACAGAUUAUCGUACAAAAAAUUUCCAUAUAUUUUUCGCUGCUGCUGUGCUAUUAAUGCAAAGAGAUAAUAUAAUGAACAAGAAAUAUGAUGCAAAUAGUAUAUUGAAGCAUGUGAAUGAAUUAUCAAUGGAAAUUCCACUAGAAGAAUCCCUUAAUUAUGCUACAGCUUUAUUGUCCCAGUUAGAACGAAUUUCCGAUUCUUUACCGAAAUCCGUACGAAAUGUUAUCGAUGGACAGUCAUUGGCGAUGACUAGACAUGUCAGUGAAUCAAAACAGAAAGGAAUCAAUUAUUCAGAUCCAUCGUCUAUGUACGACUAUUCGCCGACCCUAUUAAAUGAAGAAUUAGAGGUGCUGAUGGAUAAUGAAAUGUAUGAAUGUAUGAAUUUAACACCUUGA